AUGGCUCUAAGAUCGUGUUCAGAGCCGUUGACAACAACGGAAUUAGAUCAGGCACGUAUACGCUUAGAGCGUCUUGCGCAACAGGAAGAGUUUCCGCAUGAAAUAGCCGCAUUAGAAUCGGGACAGCCAAUUUCAAAAUCGAGUUCAUUGAGGACAUUAAAUGCAUUUUUGGACAGUAAUCAAGCAGUAGUAGCAUCAUUGCGUACGCGGUACUGGCCUCUAUCGUGUAGAAAUAAUGUGAGACGAAUCAUACGCAAUUGCAUAAGAUGCGUUCGAGCCAACCCUGUUAGCGAAACUCACCAAAUGGGUCAGCUACCUGCAGCUAGGGUUACCCCAUCACGACCCUUUUUCAUCUGCGGUGUAGAUUAUGCAGGUCCAUUUUACACAAAGGAAAGAACGAGAAGUAAAGCGGUACACAUGGAACUAGCGACAGAUUUAAGCACAAAUGCAUUUAUUCAAUGUUUAAGAAGAUUUAUUGCGCGUCGAGAUGGUAUUGAAUGGAAGUUAAUACCUCCACACGCACCACAUUUUGGUGGCUUAUGGGAGCGGGCAGUUAGGUCUGCAAAACAUCAUGUAAAAUGCGUAAUCGGGGACCAACGUCUUACAUUCGAAGAGUUGUAUACGUUGUUGACACAAGUAGAAUCCUGCUUGAAUUCCAGACCCCUUUCUCCCAUGUCCUCAGAUCCUACCGAUUUCUGUCCGUUAACACCUGGACACUUCCUAAUCGGUACUGUUCCAACGAGUUUACCAGAUCGUAAAUUGGAGGAUGUCAAAACUAAUAGAUUGAAUAGAUUCCAGUUGCUACAACAAAUGUUCCAACAUUUUUGGCGACGGUGGCAAGCUGAAUGCAUCCAUGAGAUGCAACAACGAUACAAGUGGCGCAGCAUUACCAAACGGAUAAUCACAGAAGAAAAUACACCACCACUUCAUUGGAGUUUGGGACGAGUGGUGCAAGUGCACCCAGGUCAAGAUGGCAUCAUAAGAGUUGCAACCGUGAGGACCGCUGCUGGAAUCAUCAAACGACCAGUCACAAAACUUUGUUUAUUACCCAUAGACCCGAUAGCAGAUUCCCCUACAAAUCCUGUUAUUUAA